UACUACCACUUGGUUCCCUACUAGCUAGAGAUGGCUGGUUGCGCUCAAUUUUCCACCCCACUGCAAAUGUGAAGGCAUCGCCGCACGACUAGAGUCCAAAGAACCGGGAGAUGCUCUGGUCGCGGUGGGCUUACUAUAGUAGACCGCUACACAAAUGGCCACUAGAUCUUGUCAAUUCUAUGGAAGUGAUAAUGAAACGAUGUUUUCCCGCAUCAUUUGACAUUCCGUGCCAUUUUCAUCGCUGGAAUUCAAUAGUUGUCAACCAUAGCAUCUAGCUAGCUAGCUAGUAGCUAGUGUAACGUGGCUCACUAGCUAGCUAGCCAGUCAGGAACGAAGAGGAAUGUCAACAACCUUCCUUCCUGCCUGUUGAUACUGACUUGUGCUUCUUUGAGUCACGAUUUUGAGUUGGCCUUGUCAACAACCGAAUCAACCAUCCGAAAGCAAACGCAGCCCCGAAGCACCUCACAAAAUCAAUCUUAGACAAUUUACGCCUUUCGAAACCAUCCUAUGCAGUCUGGUUCUUGAGUGCAUUCCAUUCCUUCAAACUUUCAUCACAAACUCAAUAUGCUCACUACAAUGAUUGUCACACCACCUCGAAUGGCUGAUACGUUCCCAGUGGAACGGCCCGAGAUGUACGUUCAACACAUGAAACAAGGACAACUCAAUUACUUCCCAAUGGUCGCAUCUACUUGUUUGGACAUGCCAGUCCAUGUCCAAAAGAAACAGAGAUCCUCCUCGAAGAAGGUGAGGUUUGCAGCUACUGUUACCUAUCAUGAAGCUGCUUCAGAACCGAACGAAGCUUGUUGGUACCAACGGGAGGAUAUGGACAGGAUCAAGGUUGAUAGCAAGAUGUGCCUUCUCGCCUAUCACAAGGUGGGACGCAAGGCAUCGCGUCUUGCCCGGGAUCGUUACUGUAUUCGAGGGCUGGAAAACUACCUAUCCAAGUCAACCAACAUGCUAGGCCGCUAUUCGAGGAAGGAAACGAUCAACUCAGUCCUCCUGGCCCAAAAGCUGAAGGGAUGCCCUGACCCGGAUCACUUGCGCGUGAUCUCCGAGUUCAAGUCGAGGGACAAGGUCAAGGAUGCCUACAGGAUGGCCGCCAAGGACUCAAGGAUCUGGUUGGAGGAGUAUCAGGACCUACAGCGCUAAGCAGCCACCAAACAGAUCUACCCUCCCAGCCAGAUUGCUGACUGUUGCCUACACUGCACAAGAUUAUAUCACCAUCCAUCCAUCCAUC